AUGACAGACCUGACACCUUCAGUCCAGGAACUCCUGCGCGAGAAGCGCAAAGAACUCGCCACAGACACCGAGAUUCCACAGACACCUCCCCGAGAUCCGAAAAACGUCAAUGAAUUCUUAAAAGAGGCAUACCGUAUUAACUCACACAUCCAAUCCCUCCUCCACUACCUGCAGUCAAUCCGGCAUUCCUACCUCUCCAUCCACACCACCAAAAAGAAACCCGACACGACCCCCGCCGCAACAGCAUCGCCAUCAAACACAACGAAUCUACCAACGCAAAACCUCUCCGAUUCAGACCGCGACUCAAUCGAUUCCUCGACCGCACUAUUGCUUCGCGACUUGUCGUCUAGUAUCACCAACCUGCAAUCAGCGGAACAAUUACGGGAGGAAACGGAGCGGCAGCUCCUACACAAAAAAUAUGGGCAUCUUAAAGGGACGGGGGCAUUGUGGCGGUGGGCUGCUGGUGAUGUCACAGCGGCAGGAGGGAACGAAGGGAAAUCCGAAGAGCAGAUAAUCGCCGAAGAAUCGGCACGCAACAUACGGACCGUAAGGGAGAGUGUAUUGUGGUUCUUGCGCAGGAAUCUGGAGCAAGUUACGGAGGUGCAGAUGGGGAUGGUGGAGAAGAGGAUUGAGCGAGUGAGGGAGAAGGAGAAAAGCGUCUUAUACAAAUCUACGAUUCCGCAAGAACAGUUACAAAGACAAAGGCAAGAAUGGGAACAUCCUACAGCGGGCAAAGAUCAGCAGCAAAAGUACGAAAGGGCGUCUACACUCUCGGACCAGGAAACGGCAACGAUUGAGUCGCAGUUGUCGGCUGAACAACUCCAACUCUUUGCAGAGGAGAAUGAUAUGAUGCUUCGCCAUUACGAGGACACGCUUAGUAAAGUCCAGAACGCAGAAAAAUCCCUCCUCGAAAUCUCCUCUCUCCAACAAACCCUCGUCUCGCACCUCUCCACUCAAGAAGAAUUUAUUUCGCAGCUCGUCACCGAUGCAUCCACCACCGCAGAGAAUGUCGGUAAAGGAAACAAAGAACUUAAACGCGCAAAUGAGCGAAGGAGUACGGCGCAGAUGGUGUUUUGGUGUACGGCGGGAUUAUGUGUUUGGUUGGUUGUUUGGGAUGCUAUUUUCUAA